UUGUCGCGUACGCCGUAUUUCAAUACUCAAGUUCUACAUGAAUCCUUACGAGUACGGUAAUAAAACUGCGUACGGUAUUGAAAGUGAUGCUCUCCGGUACACAUGGGCAGGGUACUUCCUAACAGUAAUCGCUUCAUCUCUGAUAGGAGACACCGCCAUUCUCAUAGCCUCCAUAAGGUACGAUACCUUUAAACUUCAUGAGGUGAUGACCGUGAUCAUCCAGCACAUAGCGGUUUGUGACUUGAUGGUCACUGUUAUGGACGUAUGCCCGAGGUUUGUGUCUGUGACUGCUGGGGAGUGGACAUUUGGAACCUACUGGUGCUAUCUGCUUCCUUACGCAGCAUACUAUCUCAAUCCAGUAAGCAUACUUCUCAUCUGCGCUAUGACCACCUUCAAGCUGCUCUUGAUGAAAUAUCCCGACAAAUUUGAGGGCACUACAAUCAAGCAGGCUCACAGGAUAUGCUGGGCAUGUUGGCUAGCAGGACUCACUUUCCCUGUGUCUUUCUAUCAUCAAGGUUGGGAUGACAUUCAAUUCUCAUACAGAAUCUACCACUGUAAUUUUGUCUACUCAAAGGAUAUCUGGCGCUCUUGGCUCAAACCUCUCCUUGGCUUCGUGUUCCUAUUUAUUCCAACUUGUUUAGUUGUAGUUAACACGAUUUACAUGUUGAUGAUAGCGAAAUCGUCUGCAGACCAGCGGGAUCGAGGCAGUCUGAAUUGGCAAGGGAUCAUGGCAACAGUUCUAACCGCAACUUUCUACUGUAUCUCCGUGCUACCAACUUUUGUGUAUGCUGCCGUAGAAGGGUUCGUUCACGUCCACGAUAAGAGCAAAAGUUUUUUCCACGUCCAGUUUUACAGAGUAAUACAUUCGUUCAUUUUCCUAAACACCAUGAGCAACUUCUUCAUUUAUUGUCUGACCGUUCUCAGCUUUCGAGAUUUUGUCAAGGCAAAACUGGCGAGGUCCUACCAAUUCUUUACAAGGGCAGAAAACGUUGAUAGAAAAACAUCUACAUCAGUUGUGGUGACCCUCAUAGCCAGCAUGGCAACUGCUGCAGUCACAAGUCACGGCAGGAGGAUCAGCGAGUCCGAUAGCGAGCUGGAUACUUCUUACGAUUAAUUACCAUGGUAACACUUGAUCUGGAUACUACUUACGAUUAAUCAUAGCCACUCGGUACCAUGGUAACACUUGUUUUUAAUCCGGUUAAUGAAACCUUGGAAGCUAGUUGUUACAACAGCUCUUGUUAUUUUUUACUUUUGAAAAUAUUUUAAUCCUAAUCUUAAUAUGUAUAAUAGUGACAAAUCGAGAUUGCGAUUUUUUUAAACUAUUGUCUCCCUCUUUUUCACUAUUGUCGUCAUAAAGUGAGUGAUUUCAUCGGGAGCUAUUCGCUA